AAGCAAACUUUUCUUCAUGUGAUUAGUUAACUGUUCAAGCUUAUAUGUUGAGGUGAAAUUUAAGCAAUCUUGUAACCUGGUUUUAUCCCUAAAACGGAGUCACAAAUUUUGUCUACCUUAAUCUUAAAUCUGACCCUUUACACCAUCUAAUUGACCAAUUUUUUGGCCUUCUUUUCAAUUUACUUUUCUCUACUAUUUUUGAUACUCGUUUGUUUUUUUCAUUUCCCAAUUUUUUGUUUACAUCUUUACACCGUGAAGUGGUUUAAGUGAAAUGCAAUGUAUACCUGCGAUGCAAGCAAAUCUACUAAAGGAGCUUCCAAACAGAGACGGGACUCCAUUAAUGCCGAAAUUGCCAAUCUUCGUGAUUUACUGCCAUUGCCAUCAUCAACUCGACAACGUUUAUCCCAAUUACAAUUAAUGGCAUUGGUUUGUGUUUAUGUAAGGAAAUCAAAUUACUUUCAAAAUGCUUUUCGCAAACACGAGAUUUCGCCCGAAAUUCCGAUUCCUCACUUAGGAUUUUCAAAGGCUCUCAGUGGAUUCUUAAUGAUGAUGACACAAAAUGGUAAAUUAUUGUACAUAUCUGAUAAUGCUGCUGAAUACCUUGGACAUUCAAUGGAGGAAUUACUCAUUCAUGGUGAUUCAGUCUAUGACAUUAUUGAGAAGCAAGACCAUCAAACAAUUCAAAAUGAAUUAAUGAGACCACCUAAUCCCCUUGGAAACAGUUUGGCCUCAGAUAACAGACUUUUCCUUUGCCGAAUGAAUAUAUCUCGCAAUGCUCGUCGCCAGAUGAGAUUUGGCGAUCAAAAAGUUGUCCUGGUUCAGGGACAUUUCGUCUCCUAUUUACCUUUAUGUACAAGCAAUGCACCCGUCUUUUUAGCCACUUGUACACCAGUUGCAAUGCCCGAGACAAGAGAGUGUGUAGCUCAAGGAAAUACAACAGUGUUCACCUCAAUUCACUCGUUAGACAUGAGAUUCAUCAAUCUUGAUCGAAAUGGAGAGUUUUAUUUGGGUUAUAAUAAAAGUACAAUUAAUGGACUAUCAUGGUACGAUUUAGUUCAUUGGGAAAAUUUACGUGAAGCUCAAUCGAAGCAUCGUUUAAUUACCCAAUCGGAACAAGAAAAGUCUUGUAUAUUACUGUUAAGAUUGGAGACUGCUGAUCAUCGAUGGAUUUGGGUUCACAGUGUUUUACAGUUUAGAGAUGCCAAUGAUGCCUCCCAACAGCCAACCAUAGUCUGUACUAAUCAAGUAUUAAGUGAAAAAGAGGCAACAGUAAUGCGUGCAAAUAAUUGGCUUUACCAAUUUUACUCGCUCCAUUCAAAGAUGCAUUAUGGUUUAACUGGAUAUGAAUCUCAUCCCUCAGCAACCCGAUUAACUUCCCUGUAUCAUCAUCCACAUCACACGGCUGCAACAGCUGCUGCUGCUGCUGCUGCCGUGGCCGCUGGAUCCACGGCGGUUGCUGCUGCGGCUGUAGGUGCUGUAGCUACGGCUGCAUCAGCAAUGACCGCUAUGACGGCCGCUGCUGCUGCUGCAGUUCACCACCAUGCUCAUGCCCAUGUCCAUGGACAUUCCAAUGGUCAUGGACAAAUUCACUCACAAUUAACCUCAUCCAAUUAUCAUCAUCACCAUUCUUCAUCACCUUCCACAAAUGGUCCAACCAUUUCUAUCUCUGAUGGCUGUUCAUCUGCUACACCAACCUUGGUAACAUCAACAAGUGUUCCCUUAGCACCUGUAGCUUAUCCAGCCAGCCUUCAUUCAGGUAACAUUGGGCCCAUUAAUGGUACCACACCUCAUCAUCCUAUACCAGCUCAUCCACAUCAUCCUUAUCAUCACCCGUCGUCUGCAGUUUUACAAUACUCACCUCAAGCAGGAAGCUUACCUUAUCCUACUUUUGUUCCGGUCUCAUCAGCAUCAAUUCCUGAACCUGAAUCUUCCCGAACUUCAUCAUCUGCACCUUUAGCAGUUAAAAGAUCGCACAAUUCAUCAUCAACAUCAUCAAGCUGUCAUCCUGUGGGUGCCUCCAUACCUGUCAUCUCUACAAACUCUGUUACUACUUCUGGUGCAAAUUCAAACGGUAAUAGCAAUAAUAACUCUAGCAAUAGAGAUUCAAAUAAUUCUCAACAAACAAAUGGUGAUCGUAAUCGUAGUGAACCUGAAACUGAAGAAGAACCUGAAUCACCGGAACCAAAUGCAAAAAGGGUUAACCACGGGCAGCAUCAUCUUCCACCUCCACCUUCUUCAACCUACCAUCAUCCACGAGCAUCAACCUUUACAUAUCCUGCAACUGGAAUGUUUGGAACCACAGCAAGUUCCGGUUACCCUGGAAUGUCAGCAACAGACUUGGGAACGGUUGUUCCAGUUUCCAGUUAUUAUGGAUCCCCUCACCAUCCACAUCAUCCUCACCAUCAUUUACAUCAACACCAUCAUGUUCACCAUCAUCAAGUGUUAACUCCAGUUGCCUCCUAUCAUCAUGCUCAUCACUUUCGCACACAAAAACAAUUGAAUCCAACCCUGUUAGACUAUGAUAUGGUUGAAUCAAAUGGUCCACCCAUGAGUUCAUCAAAUGAAUUGAUGGAUUCAACCGGAGCCUCGUCACAAUCAACCCUAGCCUCAACCGAUGAAAUGACCAAUUUAGUUUCCCUUGGUUCAUCUUCAUCUGUUGCUGCAGCUGCUGCUGCUCUACUCAAAUACUCAUCUCAUUAUCACCAUCAUCCUUCCGAGACAUCAUCAUCCGGAUAUUAUUCACUUUCAUCUCCAUCCUCAUCAUCCUCAGAUAUUGAUCGUUAUCAAUCUCGUAAAUCUCCUCAAUCAACAACUUCUGACUAUGGAAGUGGAACUUCAUCACCACCCUCUUUAUCAUCUUCCUCUUCAUCUUCAGCCUUUGAAAAACUUCCAACUCUAAUGCAUCUUAAAGAAGAACCCUUUUUAAUGUUGACUGCUUCUGGGAAUCCCAUGGUAACUUCAAAUGAACAACUUCAAUCACCCGAUCAAAUAUCCAGAAAUAAUUGUUGGUCCAAUUAUCCAACUUAUACAGAUUUAUCAUCUUCCAAACCAAGAAAAGGUUCAAGUCAUCAUCCAUCUCAUCCUCAUGAAUUGUAUCAUCAUUCAUCAAUUGAAACCUAUAAUCAUUCCAGUCAUAAUACUCAUCAUCAUUCAGCCCGUCAUUUUCAUCCUCAUUCAUCUUAUCAAUUUUCAAAUUUAUCAUCUGAAUAUGGUUCUUCACUAGUCAAUCAACAACUUUCAAUGACAAAUAAUAAUAAUAAUCAUCAUAAUUCAUCAAAUGGAUCAGCUAAAUCAGCCAAAUCAUCUAUAUCUUCACCUUCUCCACCAUCCGCAUCUACACCAACCACAUCAAAUAAUUCAUCAACACAUAACUCCUCCUCAUCAUCUUCAUCAUCGCCUCUUGGUUCAUCAUCUUCAUCAAACACACCUUCCUCACCAUCAUCUUUACCAAGGGGAUCAGGUUAUGAUGGUUCAUCUGGCUCAAGAGGAACCCAUUCAAAUAGCCAACGUUAAUUAAUCAAUUGACUUAUAUAUGUAUAAUUACUUAAUUAUUUUACACAUCUUUAAAUAAAUAAUAUACAAGUUAAAAUACAAAACAAAAAU